AUGCACAUCUACUGCUCGCCACCGAGCUUCGGGCGUAGGAGUGCCCAGGUAAAAACUAUACAUGGAAGCAAUUGGAAUGGCGACACCAUAAGCCCCUGGAAUAUAAGCGCUAGCCGCAAGGGGUCAGGUACCGCGCAGCGUAUAUGCAACAGCAUUGAAUGUACAGGUGUAUCUCGAGUGCCCCUAAAGGAAAUCAGUACGGUCGCCCCUGGAUCAGCUAUUCAGGGGCUGUUACGGCGUGCACUAAGGAUACUGGAGAUUGCUGUCUGCCGAAGGUAA